CACCUUAGGACAAUAAGGGAAGACAGAAACCAGGAUUCCCUCAGAUUCAAUGGCACAGAAUACAAGAGCAUAUCAGGACCCAGUUGGGUGGGUGGGAUGCUCGCUGAACACCCUUCCCCACCCCCUUUAAAUUUGGUGUUUUAAAGAAACUGCAGCGGAGGGCCCGCCCCUAGUGACGUUUAGAAGUCACUUGGAACUCCUGAUUGGCUGUUCCUUCCAUCAGUCAGGACUGACGGCAAGUCCACCUCCCUCCUUCCAGACCCCGCCGGCCUGACGCCUCCACGCGCGCAGGGGAUCCAUUCGAGACCCCUCCACGGUGGACGCCUAAGCCCGUGGGACCCAUCAGGACAGCCGCGCCUCUUCUCACGGACGCCCAAGACUACGAGCAUAUACUCUAUUUUAAUUUAUCUAAAAUGGUUUUAAAGAAGAAAAAAGAUAUUCAGGUUGCUGCAUUGAAUGUUGGUCACCAGGAACUUGAAACAUUGAGAUCAUUUGCAGAUGCUGAAGGGGAGAAUCUCGCUGCUUUGUUGUUACGCUGUGUACAACUUACUGAUGGACUAGUCCAAAUCCAUUGUAUCAAGCAGAUUGUACCUUUGCUGGAGAAGAUAGAUAGGAAUCAGGCAUGUGAUCCCAUGUUUCAGAGUUGCUUAGAUAUUUUAGGACGUAUCUAUUUUUCUGUGGACUCAAAGAAUCCUUUGAAGAAAGUGUUGACAAGUUCACUAAAUGGCCUCCCUGAACCAUUUUUUGCUGAUGCUGUACAUAGCUUCACCUGUUGUCUUCAAGAAGAACUGAAAACAACUAACCUAUAUUCUUAUAGGAGAGUAACUGACAAUCUUGCCUCCUGCAUGGAGAAUUUUAAUCUGGGUAGGACAAGCGUUAUAAACCUGUUUAAAGAUGUUCUUCAGUUUCUACAGAAAGUUCUAGUUGAAAUACCAGAAGAAAAUAGAAAGUUUACUGGAAAUCAUAUUGCACAAACAGAGUUGAUGCAUGACUUGCUGAUAGCCAUCAGAGUUUCUGUGAUGCUAGUACAGAAAGUACAAGAAAUCAUUCAGGGAGGUCUUUGGAAGAGCCCUAGUUCUCCAGUUUGGCAAAGUAUGUGUGGCCUACUGAGCAUUUUCUCCAAGUUCCUAAGAAAUGAUGACCUCUUGCAGAAUAUUCAGAGUACUUCUGGGCUAGCCAUUAUUCUUCUCAUUAAGACUAUGUGUGAUUCAACUGAAAUGAUAGCUGAUUUGGUGAACCACUUGAUUCUUCAUUCAGUGGGGAAUUCCAGAGUACCUGACUGGUUUAUAAGCAGCUGUGGGAGCCUUUGUAAGGAAGACAUCCCUGGGCCAGCCCUCCUCUUCCUUUGUCAAGGCGCAUUGGCCAUGUUAAACUGGAAGAAUGGGGAUAUGGGCCAAAGUGGAGAGAAACUCCUUUUGGAUAUUGCUGGUGUUUUGUUCAGGCUGAGUUUACAGCUCAAGGAAUCAAGCUUGGAAAUGUUUCUGUCUAGAAUUUUGGUGAUUUGGACCAAUUCAGCCUUAGAUAUCCUUGAAUCAAGUUCUCUGAGUCUGAAGAGUAGUCUGAAUGGUAAUUCUGAGACAGUUGGAAGACUUCUGGAAUACGUCUAUACCCACUGGGAACAUCCCUUGGAUGCUGUGAGACACCAAACCAAAACGAUAUUCAGAAAUCUUCUCCAGAUGCACCGGUGCACCAUGGAAAGAUCUGACUGUGUCUCAGAUCCUUUCUUCUUGGGACUUAUAGAGAGCCUAUUGAGGUUGGAAUGGCACGUCAAGGGAAAGUAUACCUGCCUUAGCUGCCUGGUAGACUGUGUAGGGAUUGAAAAUAUUUUAGCAGUGAAUAAAAUGAUCCCUUCUCAGAUCUUGGAGGUAAUGGGUGACCAGUCCCUGGCACCUUAUGCAAGUGACCUGCUAGAAACCAUGUUUAAAAAUCACAGGAAUUAUUUGAAAUCCCAGUCUCUUUAUACCUCUUGGUUUGAUGAGUGGCAUGAAACAUGGGUGUCUCCUCUCCUCCUCAUAUUGCGUGAAGGGAACCUGGAACAAACAGCUUAUAUAAUUGAUUAUUAUCUGCCAAAGCUAUUAAAGUGCAGUCCAGAAAGCCUGAGUUAUAUGGUGAAGAUUCUUCAGACUUCUACUAAUAUUAGCACAGUUUUCCUCCUACUGUCUUUAGGAUCCUGCAACAGCAGAGGAUCUCUGGGAGCUCUGAUGGCUUGUCUAAGAACAGCUAGGGCUCAUGGACAUCUGCAGUAUGCAUCUCAUGUUACGUGGGGCAGCCUCGUGUCCAGUGCAAAAAUAAAACAAGGUUUAGUUCAUCAGCAUUGCCAGGUUCGCAUCGAUGCUUUAGGCUUGCUCUGUGAAAGUCACCGAAGCACUGAGAUCGUCUCCAUGGAAGAAAUGCAGCUGGUUCAGUUCUUUAUUCUGUACAACCUGAACAAUCAAUCUCCUGGCGUGAGACAGCAGAUCUGUUCCCUCCUGAAAAAGUUGUUCUGCAGGAUACAGGAAAGUUCUCAGGUACUUUAUAAAUUGGAGCAAAGUAAAUCCCAGCAAGAAUCGGUGGAUGAUUCAACUGAGAAGGAUCCUUCUGGGAUGUUACAGAAAUAUCAGGAUUUCAUGUCAUCCAUAUGCAACAGUCUUUUUGAGGCUUUAUUUCCUGGCUCUUCCCAUGCAACCAAAUUUUCAGCCUUAACUAUUUUGGGUUCAAUAGCUGAAAUAUUUCCCGACCCAGAAGGUAAAGCUCAAACAGUGUUUCAGCUGAGUCAAGAGAUUAAUUUUUCCCGAGUUGAAACAAUAAUGGAAUGUUUUUCGAGCACUUUUGAAGAAGUGAAAAUUUUAGCAUUUGAUCUUUUGAUGAAAUUCCCCAAAACUACUGUACAUUUUCAGGAUUCUUUGAAAUUGCAAGCCUUGUUCCGUGCAGCAGUGGAUUUGAGCACUAGUACCAAGCCGUAUGACUGUGUCACAGCCUCCUAUCUGCUCAGAUUCUUAAUUGGUCAAGAGGGCUUGCUGUCAGCCCUGGCUGUGUUCUUUAACAAUCCACUCGGGCCUUCACCGUGCCAGGCAGGUGGAGAGGAGCCUGUUGCUUUUGUGGAAAGGAAUGCAUUAAUGGUUAUUAGAUACCUUUUGGAAAAUCUUGAAAGAGAAAUAUCACAGGCUGAAAGUUCUCUACUGCAGGCGGCAGCAUUGUUUCCAAUGUAUGGGCGAGUUCACUGUAUAAUAGGGGCUUUUCAGCAGUUAUCUUUAAACAACCUGGCAAUGGUGACUGAAUGGAGGAAUGUGGUGGCCAAACUCAUUUUGACAUCCUACAGGCUUUCUGCUGUAGUAGCACCAGUGGUUCAGAGUUCUUCCCCAGAGGGCCUCAUCCCAAUGGACACUGAUUCAGAAACGGCAAGUCGCUUGCAGAUGAUUCUCAAUGAGAUUCAGCCUCGAGACACAAAUGAUUAUUUCAACCAGGUCAAAAUGACAAAAAAACUUAAGAGCCUCGAUUUGGAGGACGUCGCUGCUGCUGGUGCCCCAAUGAUUACUACGUCUAUGGAAAUGAAAGGUAAAGAAGGACAGUCCUGUGAUGUAACAGCUCAGGCAGUACUGGUAUGUUGCUGGAGAAGUAUGAAAGAAGUUGCCUUGCUCCUAGGCAUGUUAUGCCAACUUGUGCCUCUCCAGGCUGUGCCUGAAGCUCCUGAUGGAUUAGUGACAGUGGAGCAGGUGAAGAAUAUAGGAAACUACUUCAAACAACAUCUUUUACAAUCCAGACACAGAGGAGCAUUUGAAUUAGCUUACACUGGCUUUGUAAAGCUAACUCAAGUCCUAUCCAGGUGCCCCAAUGAAUGUCUGCAAAGGCUACCAGAGCAGUGGUUGCGGGACGUCUUGGAGGAAAUUAAGUCCAGCAAUCCUUCUUCUAAACUCUGUGCAACAAGACGCAGCGCUGGGAUUCCUUUCUAUAUACAGGCGUUACUGGCAUCAGAGCCAAAGAAAGGCAGGAUGGAUUUAUUGAAGAUAACAAUGAAAGAAUUGAUCUCUUUGGCUGUACCUUCAAGUGACUCACAGAGUUCAGUCCCACAGGUCCAUGCUCUAAAUAUCCUUAGAGCUUUGUUCAGAGAUACUCGACUGGGUGAAAACAUCAUUCCUUAUGUUGCGGAUGGAAUUCAAGCUGCAAUUCUGGGCUUUACGUCUCCUGUCUGGGCAGUGAGAAAUUCUUCCACACUUCUAUUUAGUUCUCUGAUCACAAGAAUUUUUGGAGUUAAAAGGGGAAAGGAUGAACAUUCCAAAAAAAAUAGAAUGACUGGUAGAGAAUUUUUCUCUCGUUUCCCAGCUCUUUAUCCUUUUCUUCUCAAGCAACUGGAAGUUGUGGCCAAUACUGUGGAAAGUGACAGCAAUGAAUGGAAGCUUUACCCCAACCUGUAUCUGUUGCUACUGAUCCUGGGAAGACUGUACCCCUCCCCUAUGGAUGGCACAUCCUCAGCACUCAGCAUGGCACCCUUCAUCCCCUUCAUCAGGAGGUGUGGUCAUUCAGCUGUCUACCGGUCCAGGGAAAUGGCGGCCCGGGCCUUGGUCCCAUUUGUCAUGAUUGACCAGAUACCAAAUACUAUUCGGUCUCUGUUAUGUGAACUACCCAACUAUACAGACCUGUGUAUCCGGCAGAACCACGUUCAUGGGAUGCUUUUGCAGGUUUUUCAUUUGUUACAGACCUACUCAGACUCCAAACACAGAGCGAAUUCAGACUUUCAGCAGGAGUUGACUGACAUCACUGUCUGUAUCGGAGCCAAACUCUGGCUGGCCAAGAGGCAGAACCCCUGUCUUGUGACCAGAGCUGCCUGUAUUGAUAUUCUCAUCCUACUGACUCAGUGCCUUGACCAAGCCCCAAAGGGAAGCCAGCCAGGUCUCAAAAUCCUUGGCUUCUGCAAAGAAGUUGACACUAUCAUCUCUGAGUCUGAACUAAAAACUGGAAUCCCUUAUUCCUGUGCUGUCCCCGGUCUGAUCCAGUAUUUGCAGAGCCUCACCAGACUAGUGAUAGCUGCCAUGUUUGCCACAACAGCUGACUCCAGUGAGAAAACAAAGGACAACCCCAUCCCUCUUGUUCAGCUGUUACAGUCCAACUUUGCUGAGGUUCGCCUGCUGACAUUGGAAACCUUGCUGCAUUUGGUGACACCAGAAGACCCAAAACAGAAGACAGGAGAAGAGAGAGACCUAUUGUCCUUCCUUCCUGACGUGGGGGAGACACUCUUGAAGAUGGCCGUGCAAGAAAAACACCAAGAGUGCUUUAGCAAGGUUUUGAAAAUUCUCCAUUGCAUGGAUAUCAACAAGUGGCUUCCUCUCAUUGAAUGUUGUAUCCACCAGACCCCAAAGGAUUUCUUGACCUGGACGAUGGGUGUUGCAAAUGCUUCCAAUGAAAGGAACAAAAUUCAGUGUGAAGCUCUGAAGCUUGCCUCCAAACUGGUCACCUACCAUGUACAGCUACAUAAGGAGGGCUUACCUUUGAUAGAAAUGGAGCUGCGGCAGUGGGUACAGCUAGUGGCCUAUUGCUGUAGAGGUGAGCUGCAGGCAGAGACCAGACUGGCAGCUGCAGAAGUUCUUGUCAGUGUUACACCGUUUUUCCUGACCGAUCAACGUUUGAUUCUUGGGCUUCCAGACACACUCACGCUCUGGAAAUGUGUCUUCAUCCUUCUGCAGAGUGAGGAACAAACAGUCCGAGAUACAGCGGCUGAAGUAGUCCAGGCUGCCCUGUCACAAGAAAACACCUGCCAGACAACAGGGUUUGCCUUCUCCUUGGUGGAUGCGUCAAUGGCUUUGGACUUGGCUGUGGGCUUGCUAUGUAAGCUGCUCCAGGAUUGGGACCAGGUGGCUACAGGACUCCAAUUCCUACUAGAAUGGCUCCUGGGGGAAGAUGACAUCAGGAAUGGGACAGAGCGAAUGCUUCAGGUUGAAGAUGACUUUGUGUUUGACAAAGGUGAAGUGAACAUUUGGGCUGAGACACUAACCCAAGUGGGCCACCUAGUCAAACAUUUGUCUUCCCUCUGUAAGAAAAGCUGGCUUUCCCAGGAUCCCACGGCACUCCAUCAGCUGAGAAGGAAAGCAUGCCAGCAAUUCCAACACCUAUCACAGCUAUUCCAAGAGCUGCCUCCAAAUCCUGAAUUUUCUAAGACAACUGACUAUACGAGAUUGCGCAUCCAGAAGGAAAGAACUUCAGCUUGCCUGAAGAUGCUAGAUAUUCUUGAAGGGAAGGGGGAGAAACCCUGGGCCACUGAUAUUUCGCUACCUGUUGUCAUUUAAUUCUGCAGAGAAUAAAGCCCAAAUCUACAGAGUGAUGUGGGAAAGGGAUGUGUUUGGGGGUUGGGGAGUUUUUGUCCUGCACUAAGUACACAGGAAAUAUUACCUACAUUAAAAAUCCUUUUUGUUCACUGUGUCCCUUCUGCCCCAAUGAGGUGGACCAACUGUCCCUUCUUACAGAAGGAUCUUUCUUCUCAAUACAUUUACUUAGAUCUUGCAAGCCAGCCAAGUUUAUUGCAGCCACUGUUGGAGGUGGAGCCAUUAAAUUUGAUAUUUACCUUGCUCCCAGGUGCAGGCCACCUGCAGGCCCGAAUUAGCUGUUUUCUUCCCUAGAGUCCAUUCUGUCUGCAUCCCCCUUUAGAAAAGUCUCAUGUUUUUAAUGUGAUUUAAAAAGAAAAAAAAAACCUCAUUUGGAUUCUUUGAUCAGAUUCUAAAUGUUAUUCCAUUUUAGCAAAGAAGGAAAUACAUUCCAAAUGUUUCCAUUUUUAAAAUCUAAGUGAAUUAAAAAGCAACUUCAUACAGAUAAUUUGAUUGUGUGGGAGACCUGCGGUGAUACACAAUUUAAAAAUAUUUUGUCCCAAAUCAUUAAAAGAGCCUUAUGGCCCUUCUUUGUUCCUUCUAUCCACCUCUCCUUCCCCACCUCCCAAGGUGUUUGAUCAAAAGCAAUCAGUAAAAAGUUUGAUUGUAGCCCAGGAAAAACUAGAAGCGAUCCCCUAAGCUCUUGGAAAGAGUCAGAAGGAAAGAAGGUCCCAGGCUGGGAAAAUAUUAUCAUCUUCCCUUCUUAUAUUUUCCUUGAUGAAAAUGACAAGAAGCUUUCUUAUUUAAGGAAGGAAAAAACAAAACACACACAUCCAUUUGAAUGAUAUAAACUAGAGACCUCCAAGGAUUUUCCUGGUGCCUCACAGAACAUCCAGGAGGUGGCACCCUCGCAUGAGUUUUGCUUGAGCACUCUGAAAUAGUGUUGUUUCUGGUCUCUUUCCCCUUUAAUUGACAACUUGAGGAGAGUCACAAAUUCGGUUAUUUUAAUAUUAAGCAAUCCAGGAUGUGUUUUAACAGCAACCAGGUUCACCUUUCAGUUCAAGCCAUCCCAAAAAGGCUUUUUUCAGUCUUUGUGUGAAAAAUCAUAGGUACUUCAUUAGCAUCUGGCAAAUAAAUGUUUAAUGUUUCUUAAGAGAUCAAUUAAAGUUAUUUUAAUGGCUUGUCAAGGUCUGAGGGGCAGUUGGGGGAAUAAAAGUAUUUGAAAU